AUGGCACGGGCAACCACGGCACCUGUAUCAUCAUCACAUGCCACCAGCUACCGGUGGUGCUACGUGGAGCAGGUAGACCAGGCCGCACCCCUCGCAGGCAGGAGCAACGGGUGGCGGUACAUGGGGCCUAGAGGGGUCACCUAUAGGCGCCAGGCCGUCUUCGGCGCGGGGUCCUUCCCUUCCUCGUCGGGGCCGGGACACAUGUGGUUCAACUCGCACCCCCUCGGAGGAGAUCCUAACCUGUACACUUUUCAAACUUGGGCGAGGAUGGUGCUGCAGAGAGACCUGGUCCACCCGCGUGACGCUGAGGCUUGGCGCACAGCGUUUGUAGAUGUAGAGGGUGGUGGCCUUGGACAGCUGGUUGUGUCAGCGGCCGACGAUACCUGGCGAGUAAUCCUCUGCUGGGCGUCAGCUGGCAGGAGGAUCGACGUCGACUCCGGCAUCCCGAUCUCUCUUGAGCCUCCAGACCUUCGGGCGCAGAGUCGUGAGAUAAGCCCCCAUCACCGCGUUCGGCAAAAAAUGGCAAAACAGCUUCCCGGAGCCUGUCUCGCUCUCCUCAUCGCCGACGCUUGGCGUGACAGUCAAGUCGACCUGCUAAAAGCACGGGAGAGAAGAAGGUUUGGAUUCCGCGAUGGCGCGCCUGUACAAAGCAAGAACGCUUUUGACGGUGGGAACUACUUCCGCAACCUCUAUUUGAUUCUACUGGAGCGAGACAUCGGGGAAAUAGAGUUCGACACAUGGGUUUCGGGGGAUACAGAACCACCCACCUUGACAUUACUCCAUCUCGAAAAUUGGCUCUAUAAUGACCAAGAAAAGCGGAAGUAUGGGAGAAAAAAAUCAGAGUUCAAGACGUGGUACACGCCUCCAGGAACGACCCUCGACGAACUCAUGCUCCACCUCCACCUCGCUAGGGUCUCUUGCAGGGGUAAACUCACGAACUUAAGUCGCUGGGAUUCACUGUCCAUACCAGCGCAUGGAGCAAACAUCCAAACCUGGUGCAGCGCGAGCAUGGGUGGGCUCGAUCCCGAUGACUUCGAGCGCGACCAGUCAACACCAUUGAUCGAGCUGCAUAAUGCCCUGGGUCUGAAGUUCUACCGCGGGCAAUGCGACAUCAAUGGGACCCACACGGCCGCUCCAACGAACAUGGCGACGAUGCCCGUUUUCGGCCACAUGCAUGAAGUGGCGGAGUUCGAUGGCCACGAUAUUGAGGAUUGGAUCCCGUACAUCAUAAAUCUGGACGCGCUCGAAGAACCCGACGCAUUCGUUAAUGCGGGCGUGACGCCCUGUGUAACCCACUUCGUGCGACCGUCCAGAAUGGUCAGCAGGUGCCACAUACCCAAACUUGUGAGAGACCUGCUCGCGCAUGAGCUGGGUGAUCCCGUCCGCGAGGAUGCCGGCUGUGCACGCCGAUUCAAAAAAGGAAUACUCGUGCGGGCCAGCGGAUUGUUGUGGCAGAGAUACGCAGACAGGAUAGGUGCCGUCAUGGUUACGAGCAGUGACGAGGCUUCGGCUGUGGGUGGAAAAAUUGUCCCUGUCCUGUGCGAAGUCGAUCGCGUCAAGGCCGAGCUUCGNUCUUCGGUCGAAGCUACAAGCGUUACCUCGACUCAUCGACACCGCGCCUCGCCAGUGUGCCACAUACCCAAACUUGUGAGAGACCUGCUCGCGCAUGAGCUGGGUGAUCCCGUCCGCGAGGAUGCCGGCUGUGCACGCCGAUUCAAAAAAGGAAUACUCGUGCGGGCCAGCGGAUUGUUGCAGCAGAGAUACGCAGACAGGAUAGGUGCCGUCAUGGUUACGAGCAGUGACGAGGCUUCGGCUGUGGGUGGAAAAAUUGUCCCUGUCCUGUGCGAAGUCGAUCGCGUCAAGGCCGAGCUUCGUACGGGACAAGGGGACCUUGGAAUCGACUCACUUCACACCGGUGAUGCAUUCCUUGGUUUCGACGCAGAACGGACCUGGUACAGAGAUGGCUUCUGGGAGUUAGGUGCGCUCAUUCUCGACGAAACUCGAUUACGAGUGUUGGAGGCGAGGAACGCUCUCGAACUAUGCGGCGCGUNCGAUCGCGUCAAGGCCGAGCUUCGGACGGGACAAGGGGACCUUGGAAUCAAGUCACUUCGCACCGGUGAUGCAUACCGUUGUUUCGACGCAGAACGGACCUGGUAUAGAGAUGGCUUCUGGGCGUUAGGAACCCUCAUCCUCGACGAAACUCGAUUGCGAGUGUUGGAGGCGAGGAACGCCCUCGAAUCAUGCGGAGCGUCCGACUUUAGCUACCAGUGUGACGCGGUAUUCUUCACGGGAUCUUCGUCGGUACAAGAAAGGAUGAGACUCCGCUUCGACCAUCUGUUUAGCGGCGACGAAAAAAUUCACGGCACUCUCAAAUUUGAACCAGCUUUGAAGAACCCGCUAUGUGGGGAGAGAAGGGUGUUCGAAAGCAUCGUGGUCAAGCUAUCGCUAGAUGUGUUACCUCCGGCAACGAGGAAAAUUCCUUGCCCACUAAACCCCCCGUUUUUAGUGAUCCCGCCGUGGGAUGGCAUCGGGACCGGCUUCAAUUCGAUGGAAGGCGCGCACGAUGCCUGGCGUCGUCUCGGCAAGAACACCAAGCGCGAUCUGUGGCCGGAAAUAUGCGAGACCGAGUCACGAUCGAAGCUAGAAAGUUUAUUCCGCGGCUUGUUGUCUCCUUAUUGCACUAUCCGCGCUACCACGGCCAUCUUCGAAGCAAGGAUUACCGCUGAACACCAGCUCCAAUUCUACCUGAGGAAGACGGCGGGAUUGAUACGAACGCUCAAGGUCGACGUAAUCAUCAUCGAAGAAGCUGCUAAUAUGCCUCUCCAGACCCUAAGCAUGAUCAUGGCUGCCGCCCAUAGCAGCGGUACCCACGUGAUCGGGACGUACGAUAUGCAUCAACUCCAGCCCGUUUCCGAUAGCAGCGGCAUGUCGAUUAGCAGGAACAACGUCGACAGGAAGGUCACCCUCCAAAAAUCCUUCCCCACGUGCUUCCAUGUCUUCGCGCGCAAGCGAGACAAAACUAUCGAAGACCAAGUGUGCGAUUUGUCUAGAAUACAUCAAAGACCCGGCCCAGGUUCUUGA